UCUUCAAAGGCUUUCUGCAAUUUUUAAUUUUGAUUUUUUUUCUGGGACCAAAUUUUCUCAGCGUGUUCAAUUGGCUCCAUCCUUCGAUCUGAUAUCGUAGCCGUUCUGAAAGUCCAAUUUUAUUGAGUAGAUCUUUUUUGUAUUGGUUAUUUGGUUUCGUUUGAAGGAGAUUUGAACAAAUUACAGGGGUUUCUUCGAAAUGCCUGUGAAAUCUGCGCAAUCUUCUUAUCGGGAUCGCACACAAGAGUUCCUUACUGUAGUGCAGAGUUUAAAGAAGUCGCUUUCUUCGACGACUACAAAUGGACAGAGCAGUAGCUCAAAACCAGAGGGAUUGCGAUCUGCAGCCUCCACCCAGUCGGAGUUUAAGAAGAGGGCUUCGAUGAUCGGAUAUGGGAUUCAUCAGACUUCGCAGAAACUGGCCAAGCUUGCAAAAUUGGCAAAGAGGACAUCAGUUUUUGAUGAUCCUACUGUAGAGAUCCAAGAGCUUACUUCAGUGAUCAAGCAGGAUAUUACUGCACUCAACUCAGCUGUAGUAGACCUGCAGCUCCUCUGCAACUCCCGGAAUGAAAGUGGGAACAUCUCUACUGACACCACAAGCCACUCAACUACAAUUGUGGAUGACCUGAAAAACCGGUUGAUGAGCACCACAAAAGAAUUCAAAGAAGUACUUACCAUGCGGACUGAGAAUUUGAAGGUUCAUGAGAAUAGAAGGCAGUUGUUUUCCUCCACUGCUUCUAGGGAUUCUACAAAUCCUUUUGUUCGGCAGCGUCCAUUGGCUUCCAAGCCGGGUGCUAGUGCCUCAACCACAGCACCACCUCCUUGGGCAAAUGGGUCAACAUCUUCUACCCAAUUGUUUUCGAGGAAGUCAAUGGAUGGGGAUACACAACCAUUGCUACAGCAGCAGCAUCAGCAUCAGCAUCAGCAUCAGCAUCAGCAGCAACAUCAGCAGUUGGUUCCGUUACAAGACAGUUACAUGCAAAGCAGAGCAGAAGCUCUUCAAAACGUUGAGUCAACCAUUCAUGAGCUGAGCAACAUUUUCACGCAACUGGCUACCAUGGUUUCUCAGCAAGGAGAACUUGCCAUCAGGUGUUGUUUUAUCUUUUGUAUGUGUACAUGUGUGUCAAAUGAAUGUGCAAGCCUUCCAUGACAAGAAAAAGGGACCACUGGACCAUAGGUGCAUGCAUUGUAGACUUACCUUUCAGUGGGCUUUGGCAGUAAACACUCUAGCUAUCAUUGUGCAGAUCUCUGUUCAAGUCAUCCCACCUCAUUCUGCAUGAAAUGCUCCUCCCUCCCCUCUCCUACAAUUUUACCCUGCACUAGAGCACUUGUAUAUUACAUUCAGUAGAUAGUAUAGAACACAGUCCAUGAUUGACCUAGUGAAAGACUUAAACCCAUUCUUCCAGAUUGUCAACUAGAAGCAUGUGAAUAGCCUUAGAAAUUGUAGUUUUAUGAACCUGAUUACAAUCAAAUUUUGAGUCUUUUUGAGGCAAGAACUUGGAACCGCCAAGGGAGGACCCCUCAGUGGAUUGUAGCCAACUUUGUAUCUGCUUCAACACUGAACACGUCUCUGUCAUAUUGCAUUGAAUCUCUGUUUUCUGAUAUAUAAUUGAUCAAUUUAAUGUGUUCUGAUCA